GUCAAGGUAGAACACAAGGCUAAAAAGGGAGAUAACGCAUGUCAGUCGCUGUUCGAAUGAAUCGGUGACAAUAUUUUACAGAGCUGAAAUAUAUUCUAAUUUAAGGUAAAGAACAACAUUUUAGUUUACCGAUGAGAUGGCGAGGAGAGUUGCAAUUGUUACUGGAGCUAACAAAGGGAUAGGUUAUGGAAUAGUACAGGCUUUGUGUAAACAAUUUGAUGGUGAUGUUUUCCUCACAGGAAGAAGUAAAGAGAGAUGCGAGGCUGCAGCCACUGAGCUUCAAAAGGAAGGACUAUCUCCAAAAUAUCACCAUCUAGACAUUGAUGAUAAAGAUACCAUCAUCAAAUUAAGGGACUUCAUGAAGGAAAAAUAUGACGGCAUUGAUGUCUUAGUUAAUAAUGCAGGCCUCGCUUAUAAGCGUGAAUCUACGGUGCCAUUUAGUGAGCAGGCCAAAAUGACAUGUGCUACCAAUUUCUUUGGAACUCUUACUGUGUGUAAUACUCUGUUUCCUAUACUCCGACCUCACGCGAGAGUGGUCAACAUAUCGAGUACUAACUCCCAAUGGGCGAUUGAAAAAUGCAGUGACGAAGUGAGGUCACAGUUUUUGCAACCAGAUAUUACAAUUGAUAAAGUGAAAGGUCUCAUACAACAAUUCAUCGACGCCGCACAAGUUGGACAACACCAAGAGCAGGGAUUUGCUAAUACAGCUUAUGGUAUGUCUCAUAUAGGGAUUACGGUUAUGACUUUUAUUCAGCAAAGACAGAUGAACAACGACACGAGGGAUGACAUCAUUAUUAAUGCAUGUUGUCCAGGAUUCGUACAAACAGACAUGUCAUCUCACAAAGGACCCAAAACAAUACAAGAAGGUGCUGUUACACCAGUAUAUUUAGUAUUACUCCCAGCUGGAACAACAAGUCCAAAAGCACAAUCAAACACUGGGGAUGAGGUUGAAAGAAAACGUAUGAAAAAAACUUUGAUUUAUUAAACAUAUCUAUAUUGAUGUUUUAAUGAAAUUAUUGUAUUAUUAUUUCUUUUAAAUAAAUGAAUGAAUAUGUUAUAAGGUAAGUGAAAAUCCAAGUGAUUGACUCCUUUAUGUACAGUCGUAUAAGGGCAGUGCCUGAAUGGUAAGUGAAGUUAUAUUUUCGCCUAAUACUAUCUGGCCUUUUAAAACUACAAUUUCUUUUAUUUUUCUAUAUCAUUUGACCAUUACGUCAAUGAAGGUCAAUCAGACAGAUAGUUGCAGAAAAAGUUUAUCAAGAUGCCAUCACAAUCAUUCCAUAAGUCAUAUUAAACAAGAACCGCGAACUUUGAAUUAAAUGCAUCAUCUAUAGGAAAAAUAACUCAUUUACAAUCUGUUUUAACCACUUUUAACAACUUAAUAUAUGAGCACACAAUAGAGGAUUUACACAUUUCACAAAAUCGAUUCAUUAAAUCAUUUCUACAAAUGUGUAAUGGAAUUCGCAUAUUGUUUUACAAAAAAUAUAUAAAAUUUCCCUUCAAUUUCAGCUAUAAGGAAACAAAGACAGCAAGAAGGUCAUAUAUCAACAACACUGUUCAAAUAUUUUUCAAUGUACAAUUUCGUUGAAGACUAUAUAUAUUUCUUUGUAACAUUAAAGUGUAUAUUUCAUAAUUACUGCAUUAGAUGCAAAAUAAACGUAUAUUUUGACAAUAAAUUAUUAUGUUUUUCCUUUCAAUUCACACACAAAUUGCUUACACUUAGAUAUAAAGGAAACAAUGUACGAAUGGUCAUUGUGGAAAUUAUUCUUAAUAACAUCAUUUCAAUACAGGCAGUUUUUUCAUUUGCGUUUUGACAAUGCAUGAAAUAGAUUUGUUUCUACAUAAAAGAAUUUGAAAAACUUGAUUUUCCAUAUAAGAUGUAUGAAAAAAAAUCAAUGUUUUAUGUGUGAAAAAGUUGUAGUAAUACCAAGAAUUUUAGAAAAUUUUCUCACUCAAGUAAUUGAUAUGAAUAUAACUAAAUUAAAGAGAAAUGCAGUGGUUGCUUCGCAAUCUUUUUUAAUUGUAUUGCGUAGGAAACAGCCAGUGAUGCAAAAUAUUAAGGAUAAGUUCAAAAUUAUAGCAGGAAAUAU